AAUAAUAACCACAGAAGCACCUAAUCUAAGUAUUCUCUUUCCCUCCUUUUCCCCUCGCUUCGGUCAACUCCCACAUCGAUUUGCCCCUCUCUCCGGCCAGCCGGCGACACAUGUCAUUCCUCCCGUCGUACAUCCCUCUCGUUUACGACGACGACGUCCUGGCCCCCGACGAUGCGGCGCCCCUCGACGCCGACGACUACUACUACGAUAUAUUCCCCAUUCGCCACGAGAUGGACGUGAGCGAGCUGCCGAGGCCAAACAUCCCCGUCGACCAUUUCCCGCCGCUCUACUACACUCUCACCAUCCCGCCAUUGCCGCCGCCGCCGGCGCGGUGGGACGUCCGCCUCCUGAAUGACGUGAGUGUCGCGGAACUGGACGCUGACGUGGAUUGCUCCAUUUGUUUGAACAGCAUUCACGAGCCGCCACCGCCGCCAGGUGGUGUCGGUAAUUCUUCUCCUGCUGCGUCAUCAUCGGAGAAAGUGAAGUCGCUGCCGUGCUCACACGUGUACCACGAGGAUUGCAUCCGCCAGUGGCUCGCCGUCAAGUCCACGUGCCCUCUCUGUCGCUCGCCGCUGAAGUAGUAGUCGAAAGGUACUGCUCCUGCUGCGCGCCCGCCGCCGGCGACGCUUCAUUAGUUUAUGACCGCGAGUCAGUUAAUCAAGGUGUUGUCAUGAA